CAUCAUUCAAACAUUCAACGGUCUUUGGAUCGUUUUUGGAUCCCAACCAAUUAACAAAACUGUGUUUUUUUUGUUGUUGAAUAUGUUUGAAAAUUGUUGUAAUUAAUUGUUAUCUGUAUGUGUUCAUUGUUGAUUUAAAUAAAUACUUUGUUGAUAAUAUUUAAAACAUGUUCGGUUGUUUAUUGUUUUAAAUCUUAGAAUAAAAUUAAAAGUCUAAAGACCCCAGUAAAAGGGUUGCUUUCAAAAUCAAGUUUUCAGUUUAGUGUUUAAGUGUUUUUUGUGAAGAAAAAUGAAAAGUUUUAAUACAAUUUUUUUAUGGAAUUUAUAUUAUUUUUUGGGAUAUUUCAGUUAUGGCUCAGCCGAAGAUUGGAAAACACAAGUACAAGAGCUGAUAACCGAACAUAACUUCUUUUGGGGUGUAGCCACAUCAGCAUAUCAAAUCGAAGGCGGUUGGAAUCAAGAUGGAAAAGGGGAAAGUAUGUGGGACGAGUACACGCAUAAAUAUCCACAUCGAAUGGCAGAUCAAAGUAACGGAGACAUUGCUUGUGAUUCGUACAAUAAUUUAGAGCGUGAUUUAAAAAUGAUCGAUACACUAAAUGUUGAUUAUUAUCGAAUUUCAAUAUCAUGGACACGAAUUAUGCCCGACGGUGGUUUAACCGAAAAAUUAAAUGAGAAAGGACUACAAUAUUACCAUAAGUUAUUCGAUGCGUUAAUAGCGAAAAAUAUCACGCCAAUGGUGACAAUAUACCAUUGGGAUUUACCAAAAACACUCCAUACAUUGGGUGGAUGGCAAAAUGAAUUGAUUAUUCCAUAUUUUGAAAAAUAUGCUCGAACACUAUUCAAACAUUUUGGUCAAAAAGUUCAAAUGUGGGUAACGAUCAAUGAACCAUAUCAUAUUUGUGAAUUGGGCUAUGGGGGAGUUUCGUAUGCUCCCGAGGACUAUGUUCCCGGCGUUAGUAAUUAUUUAUGCAUGCAUAAUUUAUUGAAAGCGCAUGGGCGUGCUUAUCAUUUGUAUCAGAAUGAAUUUAAGGCACAACAAAAUGGGAUUGUUGGCUAUGUUUCCAGUUGUAUCUUCAAAUUGCCGUAUUCUCAGGAUCAAGAGGAUAUUGAUGCGAGUAUUCGAGGGAAUGGAGAUCUUGGAUGGGCUGUAAAUCCAAUUUUCGGACCAAAAGGUGAUUAUUCUGAAAUUGUGAAGGAAAAUGUUGCAAUGGUAUCGCAAUUACAAGGUUUAAAAAAAUCUCGUUUACCAGAAUUUACUAAAGAAGAAAUUGAAUAUAUUAAGGGCAGUGCAGACUUUUUGGGUAUAAAUUAUUAUACGUCCAGAUUAGCACGAACAAACCAAGAGGUCGUUGUAACUGAUCCCACGUUUAUGGAUGAUAUGCGGGUUACGUUACAUGUUGAUCCAAAUUGGGUGCAAACAUCAACCGAAUGGCUACAGAUAGUUCCCGAAGGAUUAAAAGCCGCUUUAGAUUAUGUUCGAAAACACUUUAAUAAUCCAUUAACAAUUAUUACCGAAAUUGGAUGCACAGGAGAAAAAGACAAUGAAGUCGAUCAGACCCAAGUGAUUAAAUAUUAUAAGGAUCAUAUUAAUGUAAUCCAUGAAGCUGUCACGGAAGAGGGCAUUAAUGUUCGUGGAUUUGUGGCUUGGAGUUUAAUGGAUAGUUUUGAAUGGGAUACUGGUUACACGAUUUCAUUUGGAUUAUAUCAUACCAAUUUCACGGAUCCUAAACGAUCUACGAGUAUCAAAAAAUCUGGCAAAUUUUAUCAAGAAAUAAAUCAAUAUUCUAAGGAGACUCGCCGAAAAAGUGGUGUAAAAUUAUUAGCACCAUCAGAACUAUUAAUCCAAAAUCGUCAAUCGUCAAGUUCCAGUCUAAAAAGAGCCGUUGAAGAGUUAUAAAUAAAAUUGUAGCUAUAAGCGCAUUAAAUAUUAACGCAUGCAGCUUGGAGCAAGGUACAUACCUACAAUCUUAUCAUUUUUAACCAAUUAUUCUAUCAUCCAAAAAAGUUUUUCAAUAGUUUUCCGUCUUUCUAAAACUGUUUUUUAGGGUAGAUUUCGAAAAAACGGAACUAGUCAUAUGGCGGGGGUAAAAUUUGACAAGCUUUUCUGGAAAGACUGCAAAUUUGAGAUCAUUUCUCAAAACAACUAUUUUUCUCGAUCAAAAUUUCCACAGCUCAGAAAUUAUCAUUUUCACUCG